AUGUAUGAUUACCUGCCCUAUGGGCAGGUGGCAUGUGUGUGCAUUCGGGGCAAGGAGUUCCUGGUCCUCAGAGACUAUGUACGGGCUUUGGAGACCAGGGUGGCUGAACUGGAGAAGCUAAGGGAGACAGAGAGGUACAUAGUGGUUCUCAACCCGUGGGCUGCUUGCAGCCCAUAUGACAUCCUCAGGGCCACAAAGUAUCAAAGCAGCGUGAGGAAGAGCUGGGGAUGGGAAAAGAACAAAAAAUGUGGGAUGUCCAGCACUGACAGGCCCUUGGGAGAAGGGGACCUGCGGCAGCUGCUGAAGCUAUACCGCACGGAGAUCUCCAUGGCUGUGGACGACGUUUUCCCAUUGCUUCAUGGACUUGCUGAUCAUGAUGUUGUCACAGAGGAGAUGUUCAAGGAAACACUGAGUUUGAAGGAGCAGGAGGGCUCUCACAAGGCCUUCCAUGCCAUGCUGACCUGGCUACUGAACCGGGAUUCAUCCUCCAUCCAGGACUUCUGGAGGGUCCUCUUCAAGGAUUACAACCUGGAGAGAUACUCCAAGCUCCAGCCUAUUCAGAGCAGCUUUCCCAAAGAUGUGGAUCUCAGCAGACAGCGCCGGGGGAAGAAACCACUCCCCAGCCCCAAGACGUUGGUGCAGCACAAACAGCAGCCGAAAAGGAAAGCACCAGAGGAAAGGGACUCUCCCCAGCCAGCUCAGCCCUUGCUGAAAUGCAACUCGAAUCCUGGGACCCUGCCAAAGGCAAAAGCUGUAAAGAAACCAGAAGGUGUGGAGAUCCAACGUUUCCCUCUGGGAAAUGGCAUUCAGAGUAUGGCUGCCUCAGUCCAGAGGGCUGUUACUGUGUCAUCCAGUGAACUACCAGUGAGCUGCGGGGCUGUAGAAGGAAUUCUCAUCAAACAGGUGUUUGAGUCAGGGGGCUCCAAGAAAUGUGUCAAAGUUGGAGGCGAGUUUUAUGCACCAAGCAAGUUUGAGGAACCUGGGGGAAAGAACAAAAGCCGAAGCCUGAAGCCCAGUGUGCGAGUCAAGGGAUUUCAAGGGCCCCAAUAUAAUGGGGAGCUGAAAAUAAACUCACAGAGCAGCCUCCAUGUCACCCCUGUUCACACCGUGGAUCAACCCCUCCACCAGAAGAACGAUGAUGAAUGUGCAGUGUGCAGGGAUGGUGGGGAGCUGAUCUGCUGUGACGGCUGCCCCAAAGCUUUCCAUCUGGCCUGCCUUGUGCCCCCACUGACAGAAAUUCCAAGCGGGACAUGGAGGUGCAUCUCUUGCUCAGCUGGGAAAGUGAAGCAGGACCAGCGCAUAGAAGAGGAGAGGGCCAGAGAGCCACCAUCCGAGACACAGAAGGGUCUGUAUGGACACAGGGGAGCUGGAGACAGAGAGAGGAUUCUUAUCAAAGAACUCACGCCAGGCUCCGAUGCCUCAUUCACCUUCAAACAACCUCUGCCCCCUGCGCCUUCCCACUCACCAAUGCCAGUGGUAAUGCCAGCCUCAACCCUCCAGCUGCUGUCAAGUCUGGGCCUGGAGAGACAGCUAGUUUGUGGCUCUGCUUUCCAUAAACUGACAGUUGGUGAGAGAUGUGGAGUCUGCAGGGGAGGAGGAGACAUGACCUACUGUGCCCAGUGCUUCAAGGCCUUCCACGCCCAUUGCCACUUCCCUGCCCAAGCAGAGCGGCUCAGUGAAACCUUGCUAUGCAAGUCCUGCUCUGGCAGCUCUGGAACCAGUGGUCUGGAGGGAACAGUGACCUCAAAUAACCCUGCACUAAGAGCAGUGAAGGCAGUGGAAGAAUCUGCUGGGAAUGACCCGAUCCUGAAUAAAGAGGAGUUGGACUCUCUCCUGGGUGAGAGCUCCUUUGAUGGGAUCCUGCAGUGGGCAUUCCAGAACAUGUCUCGUCCACUCUCAGAUACUCACGGAUUUUUCUCUUAG